AAAAUCCAUGCAUUUCUCAGGAAGUGCUAAGGAAGUGACACUCGGUUUUUCCUUUUAUCAAUGUUGCAACCAGUCAGGCCUUUGUUUCGGGGUAUUCUUAUCUGGGGAAAUUCCCAGAGCUGAUGCAUUGAGUGGGCAGAACGAAAGAAGUAUUGAUGGCAGGUUUACUAGCUUCUCAUCGCUGUACCAUUUCGAUGUUGCAAGAAUCAGAGAGCGCAAAUCAGAGACGGAUGCUUGGAUAUUGUGCUGUUGCUGGUGGCUGAACGGGGAAAAGUGACAUAAUUAUGUUCAACGACGCAAUGGGCUUCACUGGAAAGACACGGAGAUCGUGGAUCGAAGAAAGCUUCUCCAAAAGAGACUGUGUGCAUUUUAUUCCUUCCACGCGGGAGCCACACCGAUGUGUUCCAGUAUGCCACGUUUGUCAAAACCUGAUCAGAUGCUGCUGUGGACGCCUAAUAGGGGAGCAUUCCUGGCAGUAUUCCUGCCCCCGAAUAUCUCUGGUUCCCGGACCUGGGCCGGAGGUGGAGGAGCACUGGUCCACAGAGUGCCACACCAUAGCCAGCCCCACCGAUUCCUACGGCACCAUAGACUUCCAGGAUAGUGCCGCGCGGGUCUGUCGCGCAAAGUACGUCCGUGUGUCGGUGGACUCCAGAGCCGACGACGUUCUCCAACUGAUGCUGAGCGAGUGGCAGAUGGACCGACCCAAGCUGCUGAUCUCCGUCCAAGGGGGCUCCGAGAACCUCAUCCUACCCCCCAAGGUCAGCCGGGCCUUCAGCAAGGGCCUGCUCACGGCCGCCCUCAGCACCGGUGCCUGGAUCCUCACCGACGGGAUCAACACCGGCGUCUCCAAGUACGUGGGCGAGGCCCAGAAGAAGUUUGGGAGCCACAACCUCAGGAAGAGGAACACGGUGGGGGUGACCCCCUGGGGGAUGAUCAACAACAACAACAAUGACCUCAUCGGCAGGGAUGUGUACCGGCCCUACCAGUCUCUGGGAAACCCUCUGAGCAAGAGAGACUGUCUGAACAACUUUCACUCCCACUUCCUAUUGGUGGAUGAUGGCACCAUAGGGAAGUAUGGGUGCCAGCACGGCUUUAGAAGGCGCCUGGAGAAGCACAUUCAACAGCAGAGGAUACACCCUCGCAUGAACCAGGGAGUGCCUGUGGUGUGUGUGGUGGUUGAAGGAGGCCCAGCCGUGGUCACCACAGUGUUGGACUACGUCAGCAGCAAUCCUCCCGUGCCUGUGUUUGUGUUCGAGGGAUCGGGCAAAGCCGCAGACCUGCUUGCCUUCUUGCACAAGCAGACCGCUAUGGAUAGACAGCUGGAUGCUGACCUUCAGGAAGACUUCCUGGAUAAGAUUGGAAAAGAGUUUGGAGUGGACAGUAAAGAAGCCUCUGACAUCUUUUAUCUGCUUCUGAAUUGCAUGGAUUACAGGCUGUCGAUCACCAUCUUCGACUCAGAAUCCAAAGACCAACAGACGACAGAUUCGGCCAUUUUGACUUCUAUACUCAAGGGCACCAACGCCAGUCCUGCAGAGCAGCUGGGCAUGGCACUAGCAUGGGACAGACCGGAUAUUGCUAAGGACAAGAUUCUUGUGUAUGGGCAGUACUGGCAGAGAGACUCCCUUGAGCAGUCCAUGCUGGACGCCCUGGUCAUGGACCGCGUGGCGUUUGUCCAGCUGCUCAUCGACAACGGCAUGACCAUGAGCCGGUUCCUCACCGUGGAGCGCCUCGAAGAACUCUUCAACACGCCACAGGCCUCGUCCGAUUGUUUUCUCCAUCACCUCGUCGCAGAUGUGAAACAAAGCUCCAUGCCAAGAGGGUACCGUCUCACUCUGGUCGACAUGGGCCUGGUGAUCGAGUACCUGAUUGGAGGAGCGUACCGGAGCAUCUACACGCGCAAGAGUUUCAGAGCGGCCUACAACCUCCUGAAGAUCCAGAACAAAGAGAAAGCCCGGAGUAGCGCUUGCUUCCUGUCCAAACCCAGGCGAGUGCUGACAUCCAACCCCCCCAGAGUCCCACAACGGCCUCACUUCUUCAGAACCGCUCAGCCGUACAAGUGCAAGGGGACAGACCCGUAUCCCGGCAACCAAGAGGCGAUGGCGUCCGCGGCCGCCGACGUCACGCUCCUCGUGCACUUCAACUUCAACGACCUGUUUGUGUGGGCGGUGCUGCAGCGCCGCCAGCAGAUGGCGCUGUUCCUGUGGCAGCAUGGCGAGGAGGCGCUGGCCCGCGCCACGGUGGCCUGCAAGAUGUACCGCUCCAUGGCCUCUGAGGCGCGGCAGAGCAGCAUGCACGAGACCCUGGCGGACCAGCUGAAGGCCUGCUCACUGUAAGCGAGUUCGGGCAGCUGUCGGUGGACAUGCUGGACUGCGCCUUCCGGCAGAACGAGCAGAUGGCCAUGAAGCUGCUGACCUCGGAGAUGGACGCCUGGAGCCACUUCACCUGCCUGCAGAUGGCCGUGUCGUCCUGC